CAGGUCCGCGGAGAUGUCGCGCCCACUGACCGACCAGGAGAAGAGGAAGCAGAUCAGCAUCCGCGGCAUCGUGGGGGUGGAGAAUGUGGCCGAGCUGAAGAAGGGCUUCAACCGGCACCUGCACUUCACCCUGGUCAAGGACCGCAAUGUGGCCACCCCCCGCGACUACUAUUUCGCCCUGGCGCACACCGUGCGCGAUCACCUGGUGGGCAGGUGGAUCCGCACCCAGCAGUACUACUAUGAGAAGGACCCCAAGAGAGUUUACUAUCUCUCUCUAGAAUUUUAUAUGGGCCGUACCUUACAGAACACCAUGAUAAAUCUUGGAUUGCAGAAUGCUUGUGAUGAGGCAAUUUAUCAGCUAGGGCUGGAUAUAGAAGAGCUGGAGGACAUUGAAGAGGAUGCUGGCCUUGGCAAUGGAGGUCUUGGAAGACUGGCUGCCUGCUUCCUUGACUCAAUGGCAACACUUGGGCUUGCUGCAUAUGGAUAUGGCAUCAGAUACGAAUAUGGAAUCUUCAACCAGAAGAUCCGAGAUGGCUGGCAGGUGGAAGAAGCCGACGACUGGCUUAGACACGGCAACCCCUGGGAGAAAGCCCGUCCCGAGUACAUGCUGCCUGUCCACUUUUAUGGAAGAGUGGAACACACCAAGAGUGGACUGAAGUGGGUCGAUACGCAGGUGGUCCUUGCCUUGCCCUACGAUACUCCUGUGCCUGGAUACAUGAAUAACACCGUCAACACCAUGCGGCUGUGGUCUGCUCGGGCACCGAAUGACUUCAACCUCCGAGACUUUAACGUUGGAGAUUACAUUCAAGCCGUCUUGGACAGAAAUUUGGCUGAGAACAUAUCACGUGUCCUCUAUCCGAAUGAUAACUUUUUUGAAGGCAAAGAGUUGCGACUGAAACAGGAGUACUUUGUUGUGGCUGCCACCCUCCAGGAUGUCAUCCGACGUUUCAAAGCAUCCAAAUUUGGAAGCACAGAAAGCAUUCGAACUAUAUUUGAGUCUUUUCCAGAUCAGGUAGCGAUACAGCUGAAUGACACUCAUCCUGCACUGGCCAUUCCUGAAUUGAUGAGGGUUUUUGUGGACAUUGAAAAACUGCCAUGGACUAAGGCCUGGGAUAUCACCAAGCGGACCUUUGCCUACACAAACCACACGGUGCUCCCCGAAGCACUAGAGCGCUGGCCAGUCGAUCUUGUGGAGAAGCUGCUGCCGAGACAUCUGCAAAUAAUUUACGAAAUAAACCAGAGGCAUCUGGAUAAAGUUGCAGCCCUGUUUCCUAAUGAUAUUGACCGUCUGAGAAGAAUGUCCCUGAUCGAAGAAGGAGGAGUCAAGAGAAUCAACAUGGCCCAUCUCUGCAUCAUUGGCUCGCAUGCUGUUAAUGGCGUAGCAAAGAUCCACUCUGAUAUCGUGAAGACUCAGGUAUUCAAGGACUUUGCCGAGCUGGAACCAGAGAAGUUUCAGAAUAAGACUAAUGGGAUCACCCCCAGGCGCUGGCUCUUGCUUUGUAACCCAGGACUGGCAGAGCUCAUAGCAGAGAAAAUAGGAGAGGACUAUGUGAAAGAUCUAAGUCAGCUGAUAAAGCUGCAUAAGUUUGUUAAUGACGAUAUCUUCAUUCGGGAGGUUUCCAAAGUGAAACAGGAGAAUAAAGUUAAGUUUGCCCAGUACUUGGAGAAGGAAUACAAAGUGAAGAUUAACCCUUCCUCCAUGUUUGAUGUGCAUGUGAAGAGAAUUCACGAGUACAAGCGUCAACUCAUGAACUGCCUGCACAUUAUCACCAUGUACAACCGCAUAAAGAGAAAUCCUAUGAAGCCAUUUGUGCCUAGGACAGUUAUUAUUGGAGGCAAAGCUGCUCCAGGAUACCACAUGGCUAAAAUGAUCAUCAGACUCAUAACAGCUGUGGGUCAUGUGGUGAACAAUGACCCUGUGGUUGGAAACAAGUUGAAAGUCAUCUUUCUGGAGAACUACCGAGUGUCCCUGGCUGAAAAAGUGAUUCCAGCAACCGACCUGUCUGAACAGAUUUCCACAGCAGGCACUGAAGCAUCAGGUACAGGAAACAUGAAAUUCAUGCUGAAUGGAGCCCUGACCAUUGGGACCAUGGAUGGAGCAAACGUUGAAAUGGCAGAGGAGGCUGGAGAAGAGAACUUGUUCAUCUUUGGCAUGAGGAUCCAGGAUGUUGAAGAGCUGGACAAGAAAGGGUACAAUGCUCAGGAAUACUAUGACAAGCUUCCUGAAUUGAAGCAGGCCAUUGAUCAGAUCAAGAGUGGCUUUUUCUCUCCAAAGCAACCUGACCUUUUCAAUGAAGUGACCAACAUGCUGUUCCACCAUGACAGGUUUAAAGUAUUUGCAGAUUAUGAGGCGUAUGUCAAAUGCCAAGACAAAGUCAGCCAGCUGUAUAUGAAUGCGAAAGAGUGGACCAAAAUGGUUAUUAGAAACAUAGCUGCCUCAGGAAAGUUCUCCAGUGACAGGACCAUUAAGGAAUAUGCCCGAGACAUCUGGAAUGUGGAGCCUUCAGACAUAAAGAUUCCUCCACCUAAUGAACCAAGGGAUGUGGCAGAUGACAAAAAUCCCAAUUGCACAACUCAACAGGUGAAGUUGUAGUUCUGAGAAGACUUCGCUGUGCAAGCUGUCUCUAGUACGGCUGUGGUGUAAGCAUUGUUACAUACAUACCCAUAACUGUUUAGUGGAUAUCCUUAUUGUCUUUUCUAACACCUUGAAUCACAGAAACCUGAAUGUUAGAAUACAACUGCUUGCUUUUGGUGCUGGAAUAAAAGUGCCAAUUGAAAUA